UCACUUCCACAUAAACAAGAGCAGUGCUGUGGGAAUUGAAACAUGGAGCAUCGCUUUGACAGGGCGGCGGCGGUGCUUUCACCGCUCGAAGAGUCCAGCGCAGAGGUCAGCAGAGACAGCGGCAUCGUGUCCCAGAGCGCCAGCAGCCUGUCUAUGGUGAGCGAGGCCCUGAGCAGCGGAACCGUGUCCCAGAGCCCGAGCUUUGGCGCUGCUGUGGCCCAGAGUCCGAGCUCCGCAGCCGGAGAGAACCAGGAGCAGAGCGAGCCCGAGCAGACACAGGACGACGAGCUGCUCAGACACACAGCACUCACAUACUCCUCUUAUAUCAGAGCCAGUGCUGAAGAAGAGGUCCUGUGCUUAGAGAAAAGCCUGGGAAUGCUUACAAGAGUUGAUGAGUUUGUUGGUAUGCUUGAUAUGAUUCGAAAUGACACCUCGCAGGUGGUGAAUGAAAACCUACCACAGAUAAAAAGGAAAUCUGAAGAGAUGAGAGAGAUUUAUAGGAAAAUUGACAAUUAG